GUUGCAUCGACUCUGCAAUUGAACAACUUUAAAAUUAAAUUGGAGGAGACUGAAAGCUACAGAGGAAGCAGCCCAGCGCGCAUACGAUUGUGAGCAGCAGAAGAGUUGAGAGUCAAGACAAAGUCCUCUGGAAGAAGCAGAAAGAUGAAACGCCUAAAUGACCGUAAUGUUGUGGAGACAUACUUUGAAGGACAGCAUUUGAGCUUGUCUGACCUAAAGAAACAGGAUAUAAAAAAUGGGUAUCUAUUUAAGAAAAACAUUCCUGCCUAUCCUGAAUCUGUAGAAUUCCAAGUACAGAAGUUGUCCCAUGUCACCGGGAAACAUGGGCUUGAGGGUAUUUUUCACGAUUCAGGAUUUAGACAGCCAUCAGACACAUCCAAUUUUCUCUGGUGGGCAUUAUCAGUGUCACCUGAUGACAAACGCUCUGCCCAGCAACGUUUUCUGGCGUCAUUAUUUCCUCGUACCCAAACUUACAACCCACAGCCCUUUCUUGAACACUUCACCACCUCCAAAGCCUUCCAGAAAGAAUCUCCUUAUGGAAACUUCUGCUUCACAUUUUCAUUUCGAGAGCUCCUGUAUCUCUAUGGGGACCAGUUCUGUGGUGGGUGCAGUCCAGUUCUGCGUGUUUAUGAGACGGUGUUGUACCGGCGAGAGAUUCUCUAUACCAUCGUUGUGCAUCCUCGUAACAUUGAUCUUUAUGACUGUUAUCCAAGACUUCCUAAUACUGGUGAUGGUGUGUGUGGGUACCAUGAUGGUAACAUAUGGUGGCGUUGUCAGGCCCCCUCAGAAACCUACAUGCACAGGCUUAAUGUAAACCGGCGGAAUUCCAGUGUUUAUGUAAACCCCCAUAAAGAAGAAUAUUAUGUGUGGGAUCACGUGUGUGUAGCCUUUCACAUGGAGCCGGAUUGGGUGUUGCAUGUGAAACCGAACGAGCUAUUAAAAAAAGUUAAUGUGUGUGAAGUGUCUCAGCCCUGUCUCCUAAAACCCCCAGAGACUCCACUGAGUUUUCAUGAGGCUGAGAAUAUUCUACACAAUCUCAAAGUCAGAAAGGGCAUGGCUGGGGCUUUCAACUAGGCAGUCCAAUGUGGAUGGAGCUAUUAUAGUUACAUGAAAUAAUGAAGAAUAUUGAUGUCACUUGUGCUAGUUACACCAUUGACAACACCACUUAUUUUAAUGAAGUGAGCUCAAGUGCAAAUACUUGUCAUAAUCAAAACAGAAAUAAUUGAGGAGCUCAGAUGCAAAAGCCUAACGGCACCUCUGUCAAAAAUGAGAUAAUAAUAGUAACCAAAUGCUCUACGCACAUAUACAUUCAUCAAAUACUUUCGCUUCAAAUCCGCCGCCUCAGGUCAUUUUGAAAUACUUGUUUGUUGGAAGAAUCCAUAAUGAGUCUGAUAAAAAAAAUGCUCAUUAACAAGAAAACAUGUCAAGCCCGGAGUAUAAUCUUUUUUUACAUGUAUGCAAACAUAAUGGCUCGGUCGAACGCAGAGCCUUGCAAAGUAUAGUUUAUUUGACUCGUACGUAUACUCUGAUCUUUGACGCAUGUACAAUGUACACAGGGUUUGAAAAAUCUGUCGGUGCGCGUAUACGCAGACCCUCACUUAGAGGGUUUUGCAUCUGAGGUCUUCAAUUACAUACUAACACAUUUAACCCUGGAGAACCCAAGAACCAUUUUCUUCUUCAGCAAUUAACAGCGGCCAGAUUUGACCCUGUGAGUUCUACACGGUUAAAAAGUUAUAUUUUAUAGCAUUAAUGAGUUAAUCACUUAAAUGGUUUACAGCUUGUUGUGUUUGUUAUAUUAUGUAACUGUAACUAGUAAUUUAUUAGGGGAAGAAUUGGUCACAUUUUAGUUAUGCAUGUAUAUUUCCUGUACAACAAUGUAUCUACCACAGUAUGAUGUAUAGUUGGGAAAAUUAAUGAUGUACUUAUGAUUAUUUCCCAAAACUAUAGUAUAUGUGUCAGAGAUGGAAUUAUUUGAACCACAUUGAAUUAAAAUGUAAAGAUGCUGAAAAUCUAAUUUGCAUUCACAUUGGAAAGUUACUAUUGUGUUUAUUGUUUUUUUUAUUCAUUCUGUGUAUUGACUUUUACGUAUUGACUUUCACUGUAUUGUACAUUACAUAUUGUUUGUUCAUUUAAUUUUUCAUUUUUUUUCCUUUACUGCAUACCGGUAUUAUUUAAAGGUAAU